GUUAAUGUCAAAUUCAAGUGACAUUUCCCAUCAUACUAAGUACAUAGAAAAAAAAUGUCUUUCUUUCUAUAGCAGCACGUGUAGACGCGGUCAGCUUGCUUAUCAUCGUAUAAAAUUAAUAGGUUAUAAUCAACAAUGCCUUCGGACGCAAAGAAACGAGCCCAGCAAAAGAAAAAAGAACAAGCUACUAAUAGAAACAAGAAGCCUGUGGCAAGAGUGACGACUGCAGAGACGAAUGGUUCUACAAAUGGUGCGGUAAAAGAAGAUCGAGAGCUCACUGCUGAAGAGGCACUAUGUCUGAAGCUGGAGGAAGAAGCGAAAAUGAAUUCUGAAGCCCGGUCCUGCACUGGUUCAUUGGCAGUUCAUAUAAGAUCAAGGGAUAUAAAGAUUGCAAAUUUUUCCAUCACUUUUUAUGGCAGUGAAUUGCUACAAGACACAUUGCUAGAGUUGAACUGUGGUCGAAGAUAUGGCCUUGUUGGUCUUAAUGGCUGUGGUAAGUCAUCAUUGCUGGCUGUGUUGGGUCGGCGGGAGGUACCAAUACCAGACCACAUUGAUAUUUUCCAUUUAACUCGUGAGAUGCCAGCGUCAGAUAAAACAGCCUUGCAAUGCGUUAUGGAAGUUGAUGAAGAGAGAAUCAAGUUGGAGAGACUUGCUGAGGAACUCGCCCAGUGUGAUGAUGAUGAAUCCCAGGAACAGCUGUUGGAUGUUUAUGACCGUCUAGACGAUUUAAGCGCUGACACGGCCGAGGCUAGAGCAGCCCAUAUUCUUCAUGGUCUAGGAUUCAGCAAGGAGAUGCAACAAAAGGCGACCAAGGAUUUCUCAGGAGGUUGGCGUAUGAGAAUUGCUUUGGCGCGUGCGUUAUAUGUGAAGCCACAUCUGCUUUUGUUGGACGAGCCAACUAACCAUCUUGAUUUAGACGCCUGUGUGUGGCUUGAAGAGGAACUCAAACAAUAUAAGAGAAUCCUAGUGCUGAUAUCGCACUCUCAAGAUUUUCUGAAUGGAGUUUGUACCAAUAUAAUUCACAUGAGCAAGCGUAGGCUGAAGUACUACACUGGUAACUAUGAGGCCUUCGUAAGGACCCGCAUGGAGUUGUUGGAAAACCAGAUGAAACAGUACAAUUGGGAACAAGAUCAGAUCGCUCAUAUGAAGAACUACAUAGCUCGGUUUGGUCACGGUUCCGCUAAACUCGCUCGUCAGGCCCAGUCAAAGGAGAAGACACUAGCGAAGAUGGUAGCUCAAGGUCUUACUGAGAAGGUGACGGAUGAUAAGAUACUCAACUUCUACUUCCCGUCAUGCGGGAAAGUACCACCGCCCGUUAUCAUGGUUCAGAAUGUUUCAUUCCGCUACACAGACAGUGGACCUUGGAUAUAUAAGAAUCUGGAGUUCGGUAUAGAUCUGGACACCCGGCUAGCGCUCGUCGGACCAAAUGGAGCAGGAAAGUCUACGUUGUUGAAACUUCUAUAUGGAGAUUUGGUGCCGUCGACAGGUAUGAUCCGUAAGAAUUCUCAUUUGCGCAUCGGUCGUUACCACCAGCACCUUCACGAGCUGUUAGAUCUAGACUUGUCCCCGUUGGAGUAUAUGAUGAAGGAGUUCCCAGAAGUACGAGAAAGGGAGGAAAUGAGAAAAAUCAUUGGAAGAUAUGGUCUUACUGGAAGACAACAGGUGUGUCCAAUGCGUCAAUUGUCUGAUGGUCAACGUUGUCGCGUUGUAUUCGCCUGGCUGGCGUGGCAGACACCUCACCUGCUGUUGAUGGACGAACCGACCAAUCACUUGGACAUGGAGACCAUAGACGCCCUCGCUGACGCCAUUAACGACUUCGACGGCGGUAUGGUGCUUGUCAGCCACGACUUCAGACUUAUCAACCAGGUCGCCGAAGAAAUUUGGAUCUGCGAGAAUGGUACAGUAACCAAAUGGCAAGGAGGUAUCCUGAAAUAUAAAGAUCAUUUGAAAUCUAAGAUCUUGAAAGAUAACGCCGAUAAUGCGGCGAAAUUUAACCGCAAAUAGAAAAAUUUUUAGAAUAUUUUUAGAUUUAAUUAUAUUCAACCGCUCUUUAAACACCUGUCGAGGUUUCGGCGGCGGCUGUUGAUGUAGAAAUAUAGUAUUAUAAUAUAAUGGCUGUUUUUCCGUAUCACGAGUAUUCGUAGCUUAAAAUACUUAUGUAAAAUAUAACACAGCUCUCUAUUUUUCCUGUUUUUGUAAACUCACAAUAAAUCUUGCACAGUAUUAAUCAAUAUUAUUUAGAUGUUAUCAAUAAGCCGCAUGAACGUGUCUUAUAAUAUUUUGUCAAUACAAAGCUUUCGAUCCGCGACGGGUGUUUAUUGAUUCAAUUUGUGAUCAUAGAAGUGUAAAAUCAAUUCCCCCAGCUUUUAAAUAAACGUGUAUGUAGUGUUUAUAUAAUGUGUUAUCUAAAAUGUAUGUGCAUAAAGUAUUUAUUAUAUAUUUAGUGGAUAUCCGGAAUAUUGGUACUAUAAUGGUACUAUAUAUUAUGUCACAUAUAUACAUAUAUAUAUAUAUAUAAAUAAAUAAAUUUUAUUUUUAUGACAAUUACUGGGUAGUUAUACGACCAACAAUGAUAAUACGUUGCCGAAAAACAGUCAAGGGUUUAAGUUUGUUUUAAAAAUUGGUUUUUAUUUUGCCUUAUUGUAAUAACCUUAACUAAUCUCACAUUCAUAUGAUUGUAAAUCAUAUAUAUAACGCCUGUAAGAACGAAAUUAUAAUUAUUUUAAAAUAUGAGUUUACUAAACUGCUAAUUUAAUGUUCAAUAUACUUUUCUAUAGCAUAAUACUUAUUUAUUUAAGCUGUUUCCAAUAUUCCACAACGAUUUAUUGUCCGCUUCCAUAUAAAAUGAAGUUGAAAAUUAAGCUGCUGUGGUUAUUAUUAAAUAAAUUACACCAUCUUUUAA